UAGCCGGCCGGCGGGCGGGAGGAGGGCGCUGCGUAUUUCCCAGGCUGCUGCGCGCGCCUCUUCUACCUGCCGUUUCUCGCAGGAAUUUUUGUUUUCUUCUACCAUCCGUCGGGUUGUGCGCCCAUCCCGCCCGCAAUCAUGACGGUGGGUAAAAGCAGUAAGAUGCUUCAGCACAUUGACUACAGAAUGAGAUGUAUCCUUCAGGAUGGGCGCAUCUUCAUUGGAACCUUCAAGGCGUUUGAUAAACACAUGAACCUCAUCCUAUGUGACUGUGAUGAAUUCAGGAAGAUCAAGCCAAAGAACUCCAAGCAGCCAGAGCGGGAGGAGAAACGUGUUCUUGGAUUGGUCUUGCUUCGAGGUGAAACCCUUGUUUCUAUGACUGUGGAAGGACCUCCUCCCAAAGAUACUGGAAUUGCUCGUGUGCCUCUUGCUGGUGCAGCUGGAGGUCCUGGUAUUGGCCGGGCAGCAGGUCGUGGUGUUCCUGCUGGAGCACCAAUGCCCCAGGCCCCAGCUGGGUUAUCAGGUCCUGUCCGGGGAGUUGGAGGCCCAUCUCAGCAGGUGAUGACACCCCAGGCACGUGGAACUGUUGCAGCAGCUGCCGUUACAUCCAGUAUCGCAGCAGCACCUCAACAAUAUGCACCAGGCCGUGGUGGACCCCCACCAAUGGGGCGUGGAGCACCCCCACCAGGUAUGAUGGGUCCUCCUCCUGGUAUGAGGCCACCUAUGGGGCCACCAAUGGGAAUGCCUCCUGGAAGAGGAACACCAAUGGGAAUGCCGCCAGGAAUGAGACCGCCACCGCCAGGAAUGCGAGGUCCUCCUCCACCUGGCAUGCGACCACCAAGACCGUGAGAAUAAAACCAUCAAUGUUCAGGCUGAUCAACUACAUGGGAAUGUUUGACUGCUGUAUUGGAGUUGUAAUCCGAGCAGAGAAUUUCCAAAUCUUGCCAUUCAUAAUGGCUGGUGGUUGCAAUGCAACUGCUGAAACUUCUGGGACUUUCUGUAAACGUGAUGUUUCCUUUUUAUUGUAAUAUUUGACAUUUUUAUUAAAAUGUUUUAGUAAAAUGA